CGCCGACGUCACUGCCUGCGCUUGGCUUUGCUGCGACGCCAUCGUCAAGAUGUCGACCGCCAUGAACUUCAGCGGCAAAAGCUUCAAUCCUCGGCCGCCGGAUCGGGGCGCGUUCCCGCUCGAUCACCUGGGUGAAUGUAAAGCAUUUAAAGAGAAAUUUAUGGAUUGCCUUAAAGAGAGCAAGUUUGACAGCUCUGUGUGCAGAGAGCAAUCAAUGGAAUAUUUGAAAUGCAGAAUGGACAGACAGUUGAUGGCCAAGGAACCUCUGGAGAAACUGGGAUUCAAAGAUCUCGUGGAUGUUCACUCAGUAGAAACAGAUCAGCAGACAAACACCUGACAGGUGUGCAGGGUGUUACAUCUACGAAUUAAACUAAUCUGGGGCUCUAUUCAUACCAAAUGUGUAUAUAUUGUAAAAUAUUUUUUGGUGCAAUAAAUGUGUGAUC